AUGGCUUAUAGAAGAAAUAUGAUUUUGGAAGAAGCUCAUAAUCUUAGAAGGGAUAGACAGAUCGAAGCUCUCCAAGAACAGCUUGGAAGGGUUGUUAAUCUGCUAGAAGAUGGUCGUGUGAGGUUAAAUAGAGAAGUUGUUGCUGUUAGUGAAAGGGGUUCUGGUUCCCAAGACCUUAGUCUUGGAUCUGAUAGUACUCCUAGAUCUUCUAGCGAGUCUGAUGCUUCCAGUCAGCCUAGGAGGAGGCAUAGGAGGCAUAAGGUUGAUGUUAAAGAUAUUAAGGUAGACCCACCAGAUUUUGUUGGUUCUUCAAACCCAAAAGAUUACUUUGAAUGGGUUCAGAUUAUGGACAGAAUUAUAGAAAUUAAGGGGUAUGAUGAUAGAAAAGGAUUCAAGGUUGCUGUUAUUAACCUGAGUAAGUAUGCAUCAGCUUGGUACGAAAACAUGAAGGGUGAAAGAGAAUAUAAGGGUAAAAGUAAAGUCAAGACCUGGUCAAAGCUGAAUGAGGUUAUGCAAAAGAGCUUGGAACAAGGUAGUAAGGAGGUUGUUGAGUAUAUAAGGGAGUUUGAACAACUUAAGAUCAGAACAGGGGUGAAGGAAGCUGAAGAGCAUACUAUUGCAAGAUUUAUGGGUGGUCUGAAUUCCUUAAUUGUUGAGAAGAUGGAGUUGCAGCCUGUGUGGACAUUUGAAGGUGUUUGUAAGCUGGCCAUUCAGCUUGAGAAACAACUAAAAAAGAAGUCAGCCUAUAAGUCCAUUCCUAAACCUGUUGUACCUGCCAAGAAUCCUAUCUUUAAAGAAGUUCAUACUGGAAAAGAGAAGAUUGGAGAAGGGUCAAAGGAGCCUAAGAAGAGAUGUUUCAAGUGUCAUGGGUAUGGACAUUUCCAAGCUGAGUGUCCCAAUUUGAGGGCUCUUACACUAAAAGAAGUUGAAGAACUAAAGGCUGAAGCUGAGUAUGAAGACAAGUGUACUUAUGAUGAAGAUCCUAGUGAAGAGGAGUUUGUUGAAGCUGAUGUUGGUGACAUGUUGGUAAUUAGAAGAGCAAUGCAUGCUAAUGAAGCUUCUAAUGAUAAAGCUCAAAGGGAAAACACAUUCCAUUCAAGGUGUACUAUCAAAGGAAAGGUGUGCAGUCUGAUUAUUGAUGGAGGAAGCUAUGCUAAUGCUGCAUCUACCUAUAUGGUGGACAAGCUGGGUCUUUCAACUACCAAGCACCCACACCCAUACAAACUACAAUGGCUCAGCCCAGGCAAUGAGGUAAAAGUUAAUCGCCAAGUAGUUAUUCCUUUUUCUAUUGGUGCUGUUUAUCAAGAUGAAGUCACUUGUGAUGUUGUGCCUAUGGAUGCUUGUCACUUACUGUUUGGUAGGCCUUGGUUAUAUGAUAAAGGGAUUGAGCAUCAGAUUGACCUGAUCCCAGGGUCAAUUCUUCCUAAUAAAGCUACAUAUAGAUGUUCCCCUAAUGAGACUAAUGAGUUACAAAAGCAAGUAGAUGAGCUGAUUGCUAAAGGCUAUGUUCGAACUAGCAUGAGUCCUUGUUCUCUUCCAUCUUUAUUGGUGCCAAAGAAAGAUGGUUCUAUGCGUAUGUGUAUUGAUAGCAGGGCCAUCAACAACAUCACUAUCAAGUAUAGAUAUCCCAUUCCUGGAUUGGAUGAUAUGCUUGAUGAGUUACAUGGGUCUAGUGUAUUUUCAAAGAUAGAUUUGAGAAGGGGCUACCAUCAUAUCAGAAUAAAGGAAGGAGAUGAGUGGAAAACAACCUUCAAGAUUAAAGGUGGGUUGUUUGAAUGGCUUGUCAUGCCAUUUGGACUAUCUAAUGCACCCAGCACUUUCAUGAGAUUAAAGAAUGAAGUGUUGAGGCCUCUUAUUGGAACACCUGGAACAUUUGGAAGUUUUGUUUGA